UGGCAGGAAUAUUGUGAAGCGAAUGAUUUGACAUUUUUUCGGCUCAGUUCCGAUUUGCCCAAAAAAGGACAUCAGACAAGGCCCCUCCUAUUGAUCAUGUAUACCCCUAUCACGUGAUAUCACUAAGGGAAGAGGCAAAAUGGUGGACCGACUUGUUAAUUCUGAGGCCAAUUUGAGGCGCAUCAGAGGCGUUGAGGCCUGCUUUGGUAGUUCAGGCCAACCUUUGGUAGUUCCAUCAAGAGUUCUUGUUGGUGAAGGUGUAUUGACAAAAUUAUGCCGUAAGAAGCCUAAACCAAGACAGUUCUUCCUUUUUAAUGACAUUCUAGUGUAUGGAAAUAUUGUAAUCAACAAGAAAAAGUACAAUAAACAACAUCUUAUUCCCCUGGAACAAGUCAAGCUAUUGUCACUGGAGGAUGAUGGAAGUUUAAAGAAUGGCUGGCAGAUAAUUAGUACCAAGAAGUCGUUUGCUGUCUAUGCAGCUACAGCUACAGAAAAAGCAGAAUGGAUGGCUCAUAUAAACAAAUGCAUCCAAGACCUAUUUGCCAAGACUGGCAAAAAGGCAUCUGAUAACCAUGCAGCAGUGUGGGUUCCUGACAGCGAGGCAUCAACAUGUAUGCAUUGUAUGAAGAGCAAGUUCACUGCACUGAAUCGUAGGCAUCAUUGUCGAAAAUGUGGUGCAGUGGUAUGCGGUGCAUGUUCUGCCAAGAGGCUCAGCCUACCAGCCCAGUCAUCCAAACCACUGAGGGUAUGCAACACUUGCUAUCAGGCUGUAAUGUCAAAGGCAAAGAAUCCAGACAGUAAGAAGACAGAUGCUGUCCCUGCACCCUCCAAGGAAUUAAAAGGAGAUGAAGAUUCGUCUGGUGAAGAGAACAGUGAUGAGGAAGAAGCAGGUGGAGAGACAGCAGAAGUUCAACCUCCAUCUACCCCAACAUUUUAUCAAGAAAAUCCUCCGAGUGAACAGAAGCCAGCAGAAGAAGAACAUUGAUGAUCUUUAGACACCAAUAUGCCGAGAUAGAUUGUUUUACAUUCCAAUUCUACCACUAUUUGUCAUUUGUAUUCUAUUGUCCUAACACAUCCUGACCCGUCAAUGAUGAAAAAAGAAAAGAAAAGAAAAAGGGAGUGGGUAAGACAACUAGCAAAAGAACACUCGCAUUUAAUGUCCCUUUCCAUUUCUCUGCCUUUCGAUAAUUCUUCAUAUAUUUGUCAACAUAACUACUCCUCUAUGGGAUUAUUGUAAUUAAAUUCUAAUGAUUUAAUUGAUAUCCAUUAUCAAAUAGCAAAUUAUUAAUGGCAUUUAAAAGUUGUAAUUCAAGGCUGUACGCAAUGUGCUCCUAUUGCCUGAGAUGGUACAUGAUAAUUUCAGAACUUGCCAUCUUAUUAAAUUUUAACAAUAUUCAAAACUAGCGUCAUUUUAGUUAUGAAGGAAUGAAAGUUCCUUUAGAUAGUAUAUGAUGCUUAUAAAAAUCCUCUUCGCAGUCUGAUGCAGCAAAAGGAUGUAUCAGCAUUAAUUUGCGAUAUUAAUGAAAGAUGCUAUAAUUUGUUGCUGUUGAAUAUAGAAAAUGACAGACAGUUAUUUCAUUUGUUUACCACUGUAGCAUUUGCAAUAUGACCCUAAUUUUUUGGGUGCAUGUGACGUUGUAGCCGCCAUUUUGGUUGACUUUGACAAAAUCUUUGGUCUUGGUGUCUUGUCAACCAACAUGGAGGCCACGUCUUUUGGCCUUUUAUUGUCAUGGGAAGGGAUGCAUUCCACCAAUAUAUCAACCAUUCAUGUUUAUAAUGCAUCUUAAGCCGUUUUUGGAUUGUAAAGCAUAUAUUACAUGUAUGCAUGUGAUAGGGGUUUGACUAAUGGUCAUGGGAUGUGAUGAAACUAUAAAUCUACUAAUCUACUCCAAGCACUUGGAUGAGAUCAAGCAUACAAUUUACAAAUGUUAAAGUUGUCAAGGGCAAUGCCAAUAGUUGACCCCAAUAAUGCUAAAUGCAUUUUACAACAGGUGAUGUUAUUGAAUAAUGUCGUUGACCUUGACAGUUUUAAUGGCAAAGGAUUCCUCAGUUGAGUGUUUUGCUCCCUGCCCUCAUGUAAGCCAAUAGAUGCGAGGUUAACAUGAAAAAUACAAAAGAAAUCGGACAUUUUCUCGAUGGAAUUUGUGUCAUCUCUUUUGUAUUUCCAUGUUAGCCUCGUAUACAUAAGAUCAUUUUGAGAAGAGUCCAUUAGUUCGUUCUUUUGCAUUUACAUCCAUUGCAUGUCCUGUACCAUUCCUCUUCAAAUGAUCCAAGGGAUUCGAUAACUAGGUUUUGCUUUAUGUAAAAGUUAAUUCAAUUUCUCAUCUGAUGCAUACCGCUGUUUUUGAUGAGCACAGAUUCGGCCUCGUUUAUAUAUAAGUUAGCUAUUCAUAGUUACCAUUAAAAGUUUAUGGGAUCCAAA